AUGGUCUGUUUGUGGAAUAAGCUUGUGGGUGUUAUCCUAAUACUAACCAAAAUGACAUCUUUAAUUCAAUGCUUUUGUGACGAGAGAGUUCCCUAUUUUCCAACGUAUUAUCCCGAGGUAAGAAACGGUUUUGUUGUUGAUGUUCUUCAUGAUGGCUACAAGAAUCAUAUAUGGAGAAAAGGCAGCAAGCAACUAACUCUUGAAAUUUGUAAUAAAUCCAAUGAGCUCAACUGCACCAGAGCUCAUCAUAUGUAUUCGUCUCCGAAAAGAGCUGACUUGCAUUUCAGGGAAAUUACACUUGAGGAUAGUGGUAAAUAUAUCUUGGAAUUGUUUUGCCAUGGUGGGAAGAGAAGAGUAAAUUCGUUUGAAAUAAUUGUUCAAGAUAAACCUCUUGUCUUAAUCGAUUGCAAUGAUAUGACGGUGAACGAAGGGGACAAUCUGACAUGUGUGUGUAAAACUACUCCUUCUUCCCCCGCUCCUACAGGGAGAUGGCUUCGAGCUAAACAAGGGAAUGAAGGAAUGAUUUCUGAUAUUUUAACACUGGAAAACAUAUCAAAAUAUGAAAGUGGUACAUACACGUGUCUUUCCAACUCAAGUGGCACUAAUUAUGUAAACAAAACAUCGUUCUACCUUACAGUUAUCCCCAAAAAUUCAAAAAUUGAAAUAAAAUAUUUUAAAGUUUUUCAAGAAGCCGGGGUUAAUUCUAGGAAACUAGUUCUCCUUUGUAAAGCGGAAGGCAUCCCGCAACUUAAAUACACGAUUUCGCACAAUGGUACAGCAGUAAAAUAUGGAAACAUGUACACUGUCGACACCAGAAAGAUUUCCAGUCUGGGACAGUACGAAUGUUUGGCAAAAUAUGGAGCAAGUUCCGACAAGCGUUUGUUGUUUCUGGACGCGAGUUUACCUCUCAAGCCGUGUUUGGAGAAAGAAAAACGGAAUUCUGAAACGGAAUGGAGAAUACGAUUAAUUAUUGGAGCUUCUUCAUUCCUGACUGGAAUUUUUGUGUUGUAUGUUUUGAUGUGUUGUUGUAAGAAAUGUAAAAAGAAGGAUGAUUGUGAGAAUUCCAAAUAUGACGACGUGUGUCCGCGAAAGCAAGAGACACUCUCGCCUGCAAGUGAAAACCACGAGAUGAAAUCACGUUAUACAUUGGGCAGACCUGUGGAAGUCGAGGAAGAGCGCCAGAGCGCGGAAUAUGACGAGCCUGAGGCAGGAAAUAGCGACGAUCGUGUUUAUUACAACGAAAGCAAUUAUCACGAAUUUAAUGCAUCUCGUCAUUGGAAAGUGGAGAGAUACCAAUAG